AUGGUCUUUGUGAAGCUCAACCCCUCUCAACACAAGUCCACUAGAAAGUUACACAAGGCGUUGUUAAGGAGAUAUGAGGGCCCAUUUCCUAUCAUCCGAUCAGUGGGAAGAAUUGCUUACCGUGUGGAACUACCACCCCGAUUGAAGAUUCAUCCGGUGUUCCACGUGAGCAAUCUCAAGCCCUACCAUGCCGACCCUGAGGAGCCAAGUCGUGGAGAGUCUCAACGAGCUCCACCUUUGAUGGUGACUUCAUUUGACAAGGAGGUUGAGUGCAUCAUGGCCAAGCGAGAGGUGCGACGCAAGGGUGUACCGAGGUACUUUGAGUACUUUGUCAAAUGGAAGGGCCUGCCAGAGUCCGAAGGCAACUGGGAGAAAGAAGAGUCUUUGUGGAAGUACAAAGACAUCAUCGAAGCAUUCGAACGAGAAGGAUUUACCGCGGCGACGAGGACGUCACCGGAUUAG